AGCUCGAGAACCGCCCGCCCCUGCUUUGAGUUUCGCACUCAGUGCGCAUGCUCACUCAUUUGCAACAUGGCGGCCCCCGUAGACCUAGAGUUGAAGAAGGCUUUCGCCGAGCUGCAGGCCAAGAUGAUCGACACGCAGCAGAAGGUGAAGCUGGCCGACCUGCAGAUCGAGCAGCUGAGCCGCGUGAAGAAGCACGCCAGCCUGACGCACGCGGAGAUCAGCGCGCUGCCCGACAGCACGCGCAUGUACGAGGGCGUCGGCCGCAUGUUUAUACUGCAGUCUAAAGGUGAUAUCAACGGGCAGCUGAUGGAGACCGAUGAGAAGAUCAAGGAACUGGAGGUCAGACCUUUUGAUGCAGACACCGUGUAGCCCCCACAAAGUCAUAAAAAAAACAUGCAGCACAUGUACUUUGUGAGUCACUAGUGGUAUCCCCUUAGUAGCCCUGAGGGAUUCUGGUCAUAGAAACUUUGAUUAUUUUUAAUCUGGCUUGACAUACCCCCUGCGCAGUCAUCUUCAAAGGUCGCCACAGUGAAGCCACAUUCAUACCACUCUGUAGUCCGUCUUCUCAUUUUUUACAAGGUCCCUGCUUUGUGGCUCUGGGAGAUCAGGGUAUUGGAAUUAUGGUUUAUUCUGACCCACCGCUGCACGUUCCCUCUUCACAUACAUGCCUCGCAUAUUUAUCUGAUGACUUUGUUCUUUUUUUCCUCCAAAAAAUAGUUCAGUUUAUGCCAGCCGGGGGCCUUCUGUCAGUCUGAACGUAACAUGCGUAAUGAUCACGCUAAUUUUGCGGACACUUAAAUGGCUCGAUAAUUAUCUAAAAAACACAAUGAAAUCCCCUUACGCCAGGAGUUUUCUUUAGCCUUAUAAAUCUAUAAAUAAUAUUAAAAAAAUAUUAUGAUGAGCCAUUUUUUUCUGUCACAGAUGGAUAGAUGAAAUGACACUGCAGUUAAUAUGGUGGGCUUUGCAUGUAAUGCAUGUGUAGUUCACCUUUAUUCCAAAUGAAAAUUAACGCAAUAAUGUAAACCUGACCAGAUGCUUUGGAAUCUCUUAUGAUACAUGAAAAUCUUUAACUGGUAACUACGUGUUUAACCAUCCAUUUGAAUCACUGUAGCCCUUGCAGGGUUCCCCUGGCUGAAAUAACUUGUCUGUGAUUCAGUUUAUCUCAUUCCUUUCGCCCCUUGCUCAAAAAUGAAUCCUCGACAUUGGGCGGUGCGAGGGCCAUCCAUUUAACGACCACUCUCGGCACCCGCCGCGCCGUCGGAUGCCAGCCAUCCCGGUUUCGCUGCUUGUCACAGAACAAUGGCAAGCAGAAAGUUGGCGAAUCAGCCGCCUCCAGUUGAACUUUGCUGUAACCUUUACUGUGGCCAGAAAAUGCCGUUUUUAAAAGGGGGGGGGGGGGGGGAGAGAAGAAGAAUUGGCUGACUGAUCUGUUCAGCGAUAGGUGGCAGGACCGCAGGAUACCACAGGUUUCUAAAAAUAAGAAAGCUUGCCGGGCAGGCUUGGGUCAUCAGACUCCGGUUCUUGUCUGCACUUGGAAGACAAAGGAGGGUGAUGGAUGAGGAGGAAGGGGAAACGGAAGUGGUGGAAAAAAGGGGCACUUGAGAAGGUUGUUGGAGAAGGUUGCCUUGAAACUGUGGAGCCCUGUACAGCUUAGCGGCUUGCUACGGCGUGGGAGGGUAUGGGAAUGCUCUUUGUGGCACAAGCGGGGAUGUGGAAAUCAGAAUGGCUGCCUUCACACGUUGCUUCGGUGACAAAGUCCCGAUGUACUCUGGUCGGUUUUGCCAUUGUUCAUUUCCCAAUAAAUCACCAUCUCUGUUAAACGGAGAACUUUGUUAAGACUCUGAUGAAGCUGCCCCGUGUCUGCGCCACGCGGGGAUCCCUUUCUGGGCGAAAUGAUAGGGGUGUACCGAUACACAACAUUCACGGUUCAAUGCAAACCUUGGUAUUGGGUUUCAGUGGGGAAAGUGGAACCAGAAGUCAGCAUUGGGUGGGACACAGUCCACAGACAGGGUUGUCUCUAGAGUCCUAAGGUCAGCCAACACAAUUAUGGCACCACAUAGUCCAAGACCUCCAGCUCAACCCUGGGAGUGUUGAGUAGUCUUAGCACUUUGCAUGUAUUUUUAUCAGGUCAUAUUGUUUUGUUGUGUGCCUUCAGUAUGGGGUUGCUUACCCAUGAUUCCCUUGUUGCCUUUUGUACUGAGUUGGCACCUCUUCCACGACACGCACACAUUCCACUGGGGUGGCGAGCGCCGUGUGGACCCUCUGUGGCCUUUCUCAUGUCUCGGUGAUUCUCCUGAGUGGUAGCAUGAGGAAUGUUCCUGGCUUCUAGUGAUGGCACGUAGAUUCUCACUGAAUUCACGUGGGCAAAUUGAGAUCGUUGGCUUGUGUCCGGAUCUGCAGCCAGGUUAGGCUUCCCAGAGCUAUCUUUACAGCUAUCGCCUUCAGGGAGUCAAGGCUCGAUUUAUCCCUUCGGAAUGUAAUUACUGCUUCGUGUCAAUGUCGAUGGUCCUUGGCACACGUAUAUAUUAAGAAAUCCAACGUGCGACGUAGUUUUGCCCAAUGUUCUCCGCCAGCUGUGCCAUUACGGCCCAGUUGGCUGUGGGUGAGGGAGGACAGACCGAGGUUGAGGGAGCUGGCUCACGGGUGUGCGCGAGUUUUGCCGAUUCUGUGAGGCCUUUUGGCUCACUACGGUAUGGAGGAGGUGAUUCACUGGGGAUUGGGUGGCUCCUUCUUGACUAAGGCCUCUCCAGUCCAGAGCAGACCAGCCCGUUCCGACCCUGGGGGGGGAUGCAGAUCCCUGUUUUCACAUGUCACCCGAGCUCAGGUGGGAGAGCUACCCCAGGCCCCAGCGCUUUGAACGGGAUACAUUUCCUUAUCCGGCCCUUUGAAAAGUUUAGCGUGUGAUGUUAGCGCGGCUCCCUCGGUGCUUGGCCCAUUUCUGACUUCCUCUUGGCGUUUGCUCGAUGCUGAGAGUAGUGCGGGUGUGUCUUUAUGACUCAUCCUGCCGUAACCCCACAUGGUGCCAAGAUGGCUUGCGGGCUGCAUCCCCACUUCUGACCCACUCUUGCUUCUGGGCCCUUUUACUGGGCCGCUCACUUGUACAGUAGUGGUGGUAAUGACACCGAUUGUGUGGGCUUUUUCCCGACAGAUGUCAGCCAUCAGCCUGGUUCUGUCCAGGACAGGGUCGUGGUGAGCCUGGAGCCGUUCCCAGGAAUUACAGAGUAGGGGCUGGAAUGCCAAUCCAUUGCGGAGCACAUGCCGUCAGACCAUAUAUAAUAUCUAAUGCAAGAUGUAUGGAUCCAGACUAUUUGAGGACUAGCUUUCCUGAGAUUCCAAAGGUCGACCUCUGUUAAGCAGUAGGAGUUUGGGUGCCACCAUUGAUCCCCGAGACACAAAUUUAAAGAUAUUGUCUGAAGGAGUGUGCUUGUGCCACUCCACAAUGUCUUGCCUUUUGAAAUGCACACAGAAACACGAGGAAGAUGGUAAGCGUCAAACCGAACUGACUGCUUCCUGGCAGAUUGCAUCACUCUGGAUUAAAGGUGCUAGACUCCAGCAGUAUGUGACAAAUGACCUAUUUUGCUCAAUGAUUUUUGUGUGUACAAUCUGGUUUAAGUCACUGAAUUUAAUGAUCCCGUCUAUGUCCGUGUGCCACAUGAAGAACAACAUGGGCAAGGGAAAGGCUAUUUCUCCAUGGGGAUUUAAUAAAGCAUCGCUAUUUUGUGCUGUUAUUUUUUAAGGUGCAUCUUUUUUGCGGGUUUGUAAAGUCUUAGCUAAUAAAAUCAAGAGCUGGUUUUAAUACCAGUUACGUGAUCUGUCUUGGAGUUGGUGGGUUCUGAGAUGUGAGCAAGGUUCUGUUAGACGAGACCCUCCUUCUGAGUUAAGCCUCUUGGCCUGGCCCCUCAGUUGCAAACAGGCCAGCAGAGCACGCAUGAAGUUAUGCAGUUAUAAAAUGAUUAAUCUUAUAACUGUAUGGAAAUGUUUAUGAACCGGUCUUAGUGGAAAAAAGUCUUCGCUGAAGUACCCCAGGAACUGAAAGCGGGUCAGUCGAGAGGGUAGAGACUUUACAGAGUCUGGUAUGAUGAUUGACUUCUCGGCUGGGUAGCUGGUGGGGAGUGAGAGAGACUCAGGCCCGGAAGUUUGGGAGCAGCACGGCGGCCGAAUGGCAGGAUAGCGACUCGCUAGAGGCCGCGUGGCCGCAUGCCAGGGUUCCGCCUGGGCAGCAUGUGUCGGCACCGCAUUCCGGUGAAAUCGAGGGCCGUGUGUCAGCCUGCCCUGAGAGUGAGCUCAUCCAGGGGGCGAGUGAGCGUGGAAGGGGCCUUGACGGCUGCCAAUGUCCCUCUCCGUCGUGCAGCGUCUUGCUUUUGUUGUGUCCCCCAUGUUUUUUUUUCCUCCCCUCUCUGAGUCUGUGUUGAUCCAGUAUCACAGGGAAAACUGCACCGUUGACACACAGCAGCCAGAUGCCAAGCUAUCAGUCUCGGACUCCAGAAACUCUUGCCAGGUUUUCUUUACGGCUUGGGGGUCCCACAGUUCUUAAUUUCCUUGUUUAUUCACUCCUACAGUUUAAUUGCAGGGGUUCUUCGAUAAACAUCGUAGUUAUGUUUCUGAAAACAUUGAACUAAUGUAUUAUAUUUAAGGCAUUCAUUCAUUCAUUCAUUCAUUCAUUUUCCAACCCGCUUUAUCCUAUUAGGUCGCGGGGGGUCCGGAGCCUAUCCCGGAAGCAAC